UUCGACUUUAAUGUUCUCACAGGGCGGCUGUCGACAAUCUCGCGAUGCGCCGAAAAACUCCUCUUUGCCUCUCAUCGAAUAUUCCCUUCUGUAGGACACAGCGUGUCUGGGGAAUAUACCGUGAAGGAUCCAGGUGGCAGCCUACGGAUCGUCAGCUACCACGCGGACAAGGAGGGAUUUCACGCGGUGGUACACACUUCCGGAAAGAACGAUCAUUCGGGCGGGGUGUACGGCGGUCAAGGACACGACGCGGAGACCCACCUUCACGAGUACGCCGCGUUGGCCGCGCACGCUUCAGCGUACUGAAAGAAAACUAGCGGCCGCCACGACGACCGUGACUGAUCGCUUUUGUACCUGGCACGACUUUAGACUUUUCCCCUCCCCCCGAAUCGUCAACGUUGAUGUUUUCCGUUUUGUAUACCAAAGGCUGCAACAACGGUGCUGUCCGUUCGACAUUACAUAUUGUAAAUAUAGCUCAUCCCCUUCAUACACGAUAAACGACAUGAACAUGAUACAAGAAUGCAUGUUUAUUCCUUUUGUGUUGCGCGAGCAACAGUGUUGCAGUGCAUUCCCGAUACGGAAUAUGAAAUUAUUGACAGACCAUGAUAGACAGAUAAACUGUAUGAGUAAGGAUUUACAAAAUUAAUAGAGGUUUCCGAUAAAUAACUGACGUUCGCUUAAUAGACGUAACGUGACCGAAAAUAUUUUUUAUUAUAUAUUCGUGUUCUUUUAUGCAUAUAACUCUUUUUACGUUUAUCGAAAACCUUUUAGUUGAUUAACAUUUUAAUCGAGUGCCCGCGUUUAUUUUCAAAAUCCCAUUGAAACGGGUGAAAAGUUAAAUAUGAGCAACCCACAAGUUAUAAUUACUCAAUUUGCCAAGAAUUUCUGCGCUUUGUUCAAAUUAUUUGAUGGCCCGAAUUUUGCCCGGAUUCGCUAAAAAAAUUAAUCGAUAUAAAAUAUCUGAUAAAUAUAACAAUUCUGAAAGGUCUAAAAUGGUUAUUUUGUAAUCCUGAUUACAAUAUUCUUUCGAAUUAACUCCAAAGGAUAUUAACAAUAUUACUAUUUAACAUAAAUCUUUAUGCUUUCAUAAAUUUGACGGAUAUUGAGAGAGGGUAUAUUUCACUUGGAAACUAUAGUAGUUUAUGGCAAAAACACAGCGACGCUCAAGCCGAUUAACUGAUAUACGGCUGAGCUGAUUAUGAAAGGUACACGAGAACCAUGUCGCAGCGUAUUACAUCGCGACUCGGAAAGAUAAAGUGACAAUGAUGUUACACACGUGGUGCAAUUGCUUUAAAGUUGUGCCGUAAAUUAUCUGCCGCGUUUCAGCGCGGAAAUUAGACGCGAUGUAAUAUACACAUACUGCAAUAAUAGUGCAAGUCACAUUGUUACGAGAUAGAGCACCUUAUUACGCGGCUAUCGAUCAUUAAUACCGGGAACGAGGGGUAAACCGCCUGAGGACAUUGUGGUGUACAGAUUUGCGGCAUUA